GCUAGCUCACUCGCAGCGAGCCUUAGCUACGAGCUGGUCUGUGGAGAGAGCAGCCAGCUGACGCAGCAGCAGCUAGCGGUUAUCAGAACUGGGUGUGAGUCUCUCUUAAGCCUUCAGCGAUUAUUAUUAUUGUUAUUAACAAUGAAAAAAUUAAAAAGGCCCGCAUCCUGACGUCCACAUUUCGGUCAAUGACUGUCCGUCGCGGUGUCGGUGACUGACAUGGACGCUGACAAUAAGGAUGUGAAGCUUUCAGCCGAAGUGGAACCAUUCAUCCCACAGAAGAAAGGUCUCGUCGAAGGAUCACUAGUCAGCAUGAGUCUUUCUGGAGAGGCAGGCGGAGGAGGGGGCGGAGGUAUAGGAGGAGGCAGUGGAGGGGUGGAAACCACUCCCAUACCCAGCUACCUCAUCACCUGCUACCCUUUCGUCCAGGAAAACCAACCCAACAGGCAACAUCCUAUGUAUAAUGGAGGGGAGCUGCGCUGGCAGCAGCCUAACCCCAGCCCUGGUGGUUCAUACCUGGCUUACCCCAUCCUGUCUUCACCCCAGCCACCUGUCUCCAAUGACUACACUUACUACCAGAUUAUGCCUGCUCCAUGCCCACCUGUGAUGGGUUUCUACCAGCCCUUCCCUGGCACCUAUGCAGGUCCCGUGCAAGCUGGAGUGGUCAACCCUGUCUCAGCAGAUGUUAGUGAAAGACCACUGCCUCUGGGGCCAACAUAUGGGAUGGCCAGUCAGAGGGGGAGAGGCAUGGUCCGACCUAAUGUUCUCCCAAAGCAACAGCUGGGUGUGUGCCAGCCUCCAAGGGGUCGUCGGCCUCCAACCAGGAGUGUAGCUGUGCAGAAGGAGGUGUGCACCUUGGGGCCCGAUGGUAGGACCAAGACAGUCAUGCUGGUGGAUGCAGCACAGCAGACUGAUUUCCCAGGUGAGGUUGCAGGCCGAUGUGCUGCUGAACGUGCCAGUCCCCUGCUGUGGAAGAACCGAACAAAGAGAAGACGGGCGUCCCAUCCAGCUGAAAACUACAACGAGCAGGGCGCCAGUGAGGCAGAUAUAGACAGUGACAGUGGCUACUGUAGCCCCAAACACAACCAGGCGGCAGGAGUAACGCAACGAACAGCAGAGAACACAGCAGCACCCACAGGCGUAGAGGCUGGUGUAAUGACUGCAGGUACCUGGGUUAAUGCAGCCUCUCAAGCUCUCCCGAAGUCCUGGGGGGAAAGGAACGGCCAGUUUCACAGAGCAGACCAGAGGAAGAAUCCUGAACAGAGAAACUUCUCACAGGAUUUCCACAGUGGCUAUCCAGGGCGUGGGCCGCCCAGUCAGUCAGAACAAAGGCUGCAGCCAGCAGUGGUCACUGGCACUGAGCUCACACCAGGGCCUCUCUACUUUGAGGAUGAAGAUGAAUUCCCAGAUCUCCCUACUGGAGGGGCCCAACGCAGCACCAAACCAGAAUCUACUGCAGCCCAGACACACACGCAACCUAAACUGCCCAAAAACCUGCUGGAUAACCUGCCAGAAAACUCCCCUAUCAACAUCGUGCAGACCCCCAUCCCAAUUACCACCUCUGUUCCCAAGAGGGCUAAGAGCCAGAGGAAGAAGGCUCUGGCUGCGGCCUUGGCCACUGCACAGGAGUACUCUGAAAUCAGCAUGGAACAGAAGAAAUUACAGGAGGCAUUCACCAAAGCAGCAGGGAAGAAGAGUAAAACCUCUGUUGAGCUGGACCUGGGAGACAUGUUGGCAGCUUUAGAGAAACACCAGCAGGCUAUGAAGGCCAAACAACUCACCAACACCAAGCCACUAUCUUUUACAGUUGGAACAACUACUCCAUUCCACGGUUCAGGCUCGACCAGCGUGCCAUCCAUGUUGAAAGGUCAUCAGCAGCCGUACUUGGCGCCACACAAUUCCCUGGAUUCCACCGCACCCCGCAUCAAGAGAGGGAAGGAGAGAGAGAUCCCCAAAGUUAAACGGCCAACCGCCCUUAAGAAGAUUAUCUUAAAGGAACGUGAAGGGAAGAAAGGAAAGACGAGUGUAGAGCAAGAGUCUUCAGGCCAGGAGGAGCAUGGGGACGAGUGUUUACAUUUUACUGAUGAUCUUACACGAGAGCCUGCGUCCCAAGAAGAGAAUGGACUGAGCAUGCCCAGUGAUGCAUCCCUCUCCCCGGCCAGUCAGAACUCUCCGUACAGCAUCACCCCGGUGUCGCAGGGUUCACCUGCCAGCUCUGGCAUCGGGAGUCCCAUGGCCUCAAACGCCAUCACCAAAAUCCACAGCCGACGUUUCAGAGAGUACUGUAACCAGGUGCUGAGUAAAGAGAUCGACGAGAGCGUGACGAUGCUGUUACAGGAACUGGUUCGCUUCCAGGAGCGGGUCUACCAGAAGGACCCUACCAAGGCCAAAUCCAAACGCCGCCUGGUCAUGGGGCUCAGGGAGGUCACCAAGCACAUGAAGUUGCAUAAGAUUAAGUGUGUUAUCAUCUCUCCCAACUGUGAGAAGAUCCAGGCCAAAGGUGGUUUGGAUGAAGCUCUAUAUAAUGUAAUUGCGAUGGCGAGGGAGCAGGAGAUCCCGUUUGUGUUCGCCUUGGGCAGGAAAGCUCUUGGACGCUGCGUGAACAAACUAGUGCCUGUUAGUGUGGUUGGCAUUUUCAACUAUUCUGGUGCCGAGGGUCUCUUCAACCGUCUGGUGUCUCUGACAGAAGAGGCUAGGAAGGCCUACAAGGACAUGGUGUCAGCUCUGGAGCAGGAGCAGGCUGAGGAGGCUAUGAAAAAUGACAAGAAAGUCCCACACCACAUGGGGCAUUCCCGCAACCACUCUGCUGCUUCUGCCAUUUCCUUUUGCUCCAUCUUUUCUGAACCAAUCUCUGAGGUCAAUGAAAAGGAGUAUGAGACCAACUGGAGGAGUAUGGUGGAGACUUCAGAUGCACUGGAGCCUGUAGAGGCUGAGCCCAGUCGCCCUGCACCUUCCACAGCCACCCAGAAAGACAGUGAGACUGUGGCAGCCACCACCAUCACCGCCCCGCCUUGCUCCACUGCUCCCCCGCCCAGGGCAGCGCCUUCAACACUGACACAGGGUACCAGUGAGAGAGACGAGGUCCGGGUUGACGACCGGCUGGAGCUGGCCUCUCAGCAGAGCACAGAGACGGGCUCAUUGGAUGGGAGCUGCAGGGGCCCGCUGAACUCCUCCAUCACCUCCACCACUUCCACCCUGGUCCCCGGGAUGUUGGAAGAGGCGGAGGAGGAGGAAGAGGAGGAGGAGGACUACACUCCUGAGCCUAUUUCCGUGGAGGUGCCCACCCUCAGCAGCCGCAUCGAAUCCUGGGUGUCGAAGACCCUGGAAAACCUUCAGCUGGGAAAGAGCCAAGAAAGUACAGAAGAAGAAGAAGAGGAGGAGGAGGAGGAGGAGGAAGAAGAGGAGAGAGGGCAGAGUGAAGAGGAGGAGGACCUCGAUUCAGCUGACAUCACAGAGACGAGGACGGAGGGUGAAGAGCAAGUGGAGGCGAAGAAGGUCACCGGUUGAUGUCUCCUCCUCCUCUUCCUCCCUCUGCUCGACUCAUUCCCUCUGUCCUCUGUUGUUCACAUCCUUCACAGCGACCAGCAGCUUUUCCUCCUUCGUCUCUAACCCCUGACACCAGACAUAAUCUCAGGUAUCCAACUAACUGACCAACACACACAUUACAGAGAAGCUGACCAACACACAGCGUCGCAGACCAAACAGCAACUAACGCAGUGUGAGGGACUGUAACUGACACCAACACUUAUCUUGUAAUUAACUUCAUCUGCCCAUAACCUGCUACACUUGAAUUCAGAGGGAAGUUUUUGACUUUCCUCCUCCGAAGCUGAACUCUUUUAGAGUCAGGGACGUUUCUGGGAGCAAGUGAUGAGCGCUAAAAAAAAAAAAACUGCUGUCUGUAGCUCACAGAGGAGGAAAGUUGGAACCUUUAAGCUCCCAUCUUACUUCAUACAGAGCUCAGAAGGUUUACAGCUCUGCAAGUAUUUGUGUGUGUGUGUGCGUGUGUGCGUGUUUGUGUGUGUGUGUGUGUGUGUGUGUGUGUGUGUGUGUUUACAGGCACAUAGUUUGCAUUUAUUUUUGCUGUGUUCUUUAGCUUUAUCUUUGUAAAUAAUGUGUGUUUUUCACCUGCUCCAUGGGGGGAAGGAGAGACAUGCAUUUCUUAAUUACUUCUCAGUUGGCAUUUAGCUUUCCUUGCAGAAUAUUACAGUGUCAGGGGUUUCUGUCUUUCUACCAAAACCACUCCCACCCAUCAGUCAUCAGAGAUGUUUUUUAAUGUUCAAAUAAUAAGUGUCCCAUUCUGUAUUCAGAUGAUUCAGAUGACCUUAACUUCUAAGAAGCAAAACAAGCUUUGUGUAUAUAUAACCUUGUCUGUGUGGUUCUACUACAGUAUAUAAUGGUUUGUCAUAUUGAUCUUGCCUAGUGUGAAACUAUUUUGGUUGAUUUCCUCUGACUGGAAUUGUCUUGAGUUCCCAGAUGCUGUUUGUGCUUCAUAAAAAAGUGCUUCAGUUUUGUUGUUUCUGGUGGAGUUUGGGGACGCUCUCAUGCUGUCACUUACUAAGGCUUGGCAAUGACUUAAAAACAUUUUUAGAAGCCCAAACAAUGAGAUCUUUUUAAAUUCUCCCAUGCAGAAAGAUAUAAAGAAAGUCUUUUGUUAAAUAAACUAUGGAAGUCCUGAGAGGCAGGUAUAAGAAAACAAAUACUGGUGAUCCAUUUCUUUAGGCUUAUCUAAACAAUUUUCUCCUGUUUAUAUGACUUAAGAACAGGUUAAAAAAAAGUUUGCCAGGAUCCUUUUUAUUUUAUACCAUCUAUGAAAACAGGAGGCUGAAGUGCACUACUACCCUAUUUCAUAAACUAAAUAAUUCAUGUUUACUUCCAGGUGAGUUUUAAUUUCAACAUGCACUCUGUCUUGUGGCUUUAAAUAAGUAUUACAACAAACACUUUUGAACUUUUUAACCUUUUUUCACUGAUUAAAAAAGUAAUUUGAAAAAAGGAUCCUGGCAAAACUUUUUUUUUCUUUAACCUAACACAAAAAAUUACAGAUGAAAACCUUUUUGAAGGAAGUGGUUUUUUUUUUCACUUUUCCUUCCUCAUUUGCCUCUCAGGGCUUCUGUGUUCAGCAGCUAGCACAGCACUUUGUCGUAAAGCCUUAGACCUGUAAUGACAGAUCAUAACCAAUAGGAAAAACAGGUGUUUGCUGUUCUUCAUGAAGUUUAACUAUACCCCAGUUGACAAAAAUCAUAUGAUUGCUUGGAAAAGAAAUGACUCCGUGUAGAGCUCUUCUACAUGUUCUAGACAGAAAAAAUGCCAGCCUAAAGUCACAGCUGAGAGGCUCCCUAAUUGGAGCCGAGUCACCUCUGGAAGUCAAGCAAAUCAUCACAAAGUCAUGCACACACUAAUGAUAAACCCUUGUAAAUACAAGUGUACAAAAGAGAUUUUGAUUUUUCAUUGUAUUAAAAAACACAAUCAUCCCGUUCUUAAAGCCAUUUGAUAGUUUUAACAUUUUAACAGUUGGAACCCAGUUUAAUAAUGGUAUUUGAUAGUGAAUUCUAGUGAGACUUCAGCCAGUCGAUGAUGAUGCGAUGUGUAGAUGCAGUAUGCCGGGCUGUAUGCAAUGUGAAGCCCUGAGAUGGGAGAUGACGGUGAAUAUCAUACUCGGGAUUAUGAAAGUAUUUCUAGUUUGAUAAAAUGUUCGCUGUGUGUAGGCUUUUUGUUGCUAUGACUUCCAUCAAAGUGUUUCAAGUGUGUUAAUCGACAGCAAGUGUGUUUCUUUGCACUAUGUAAAUACAGUACUGGUAAAGGUCUCGUAACUAAUGUGAACAAAAAACAAAACAAAAAAACGGUUCAAUGAAGUACUUUUUUCAGCGUGUUCCUUGUCUUUAUAUGGAUAUUUAAGACCAUCUCCUUCAGACUGUACAUCACUAGCAACGUUGUUAUAGGCUGUUUCUCAUAAUCCUGUUAUCACUCUUAACCUAUAUGGACUGAUGAUUAACAUCAUUAAAAUGUUGUUUAAAUAAA